GUGAUCACGGGGCCAUGAGAGUUUCGCGUCUUGCAUCUCGCUCUUCUUUCGUGAAACGUCAAAACGUUCAGUGAUGCACCUGUAACCUGUACCACCUCAGGCGCAUUCACGGUUACCCAGUGUAUGUGUAGUAGUUAGUUCCGAGUCGACUACGCGGUUCCGGUUACGUGCGUUUAUCCGAGAAGAUGGAAGACGUUUUAAACGAGGUCGUUUCCGCCGAGGAUCUAAAGAAAUUUGAACGCUUGUAUCACGAGCAAUUGUACUCGGCGGAUGUUUCACAAAAAGCACAAUUCGAGUACGCCUGGUGCCUUGUGAGAAGUAAAUAUUCGGCCGACAUUAGGAAAGGAAUACUGCUACUAGAAGAUCUCUAUAGCAAGCAGACAGGUAGCGAAAGACGUGAUUGUCUUUAUUACUUGGCCAUUGGAAAUGCUAGAAUAAAGGAAUACACAAAAGCACUGUCCUAUGUCAGAGCGUUCCUUCAGGUCGAGCCUGGUAACAUACAAGUACAGCAAUUGGAGACAUUAAUCAGGAAGAAGAUGGAAAAAGAGGGUCUUCUCGGUAUGGCUGUCGCGGGAGGCGUUAUUAUCGGUAUCGCAAGUAUCGUGGGCCUGGGCAUCGCGAUGGCAAAAAAAAAUUAAUUGUCCGUGAAAGAGUUGAGCAUAAUAAUGUCGGUGUGAUUGUGAUCGUAGUUUGUUCGCGCGAAGUGGUGUGAUUUAGCUUGUAAUGACCCGUUUGACAGACUGACGAGUCUGAAACGGGAGUAACAUGUAAAUGCGCCAGGACCUCGACCAAAUCCAAAGAAUGCAAUGUCUGUGACAUCGACGUUGAUGUAUUGCCUUUGUAACGUUCAUAAACAAAAGACAGAGAGAGCUGAGAAAAAAAAAAAAGGAAAAGCCGAUAGCGAAACAACAAUGAUCCACUUGUAGACUAGACGCUUACAAUAUUAUUUGGUGAAUCAUUUUGAAUAUAUCGUCUGAAUCGUUAUUACUCGUCUAAUACGUAUGUGUCUACAUACCGUGUGCCCUCGUAUCCGCUCCAGGUUCGAUUUGAUCCUCGAUAAAGUUUGAGUUUUAUUUUUGAGUCGAUACGUUUUACUCUAGGUCGAUACAUUCCGAUGAUUUCUCUCUUCCUUUUGCACGCGUUUUUAAAUUAAAACGCUACGGUUAUAUAACGCUAUUUAUAUGUGACUUUAGUUUAAGUGAGCCACCAAAGCAUUACACAGUCACGUUAAAUAAAGCAUUUGUAUAUAUGGGAAAGUAGUAGGGGGCGAUUUGUUUUGUUGCUGGACCUAUACUUUUGAUAGAAGUCAAUGUUCGGAGCCGUGUCGGGCGAUGUUCUCACCGCUGCGAAUUACGCUGUAUGCAUGCACAACUUUGCCCGGGAAACCACCGACGAUCCUAUCGUAACGCAAUUAUGCAGAAUAUAGGAUGGUGUCCCGCUUUUCAUUUGCGGUAUCGCGCUGGAAUUUAUUCACGCGGGAAAUUUAGCAUAGUUACAUCCGUAACAAGUUCCGCGGCUCGAUAGUACUUUAUAAUGUAUCCGUGUCUGAGAGUGUGCGACACGUGUAACGCCGACGAGAGUAAAGGGUCCGAUGUUCUUCGAGACAGCGCUCGAUCGCAUUUUCGGAACGCGUUCGGCGCUAAAUCAUCCGACUGUCCGGCUCGCGUAUACGCGUGUUUACAAUCCAACGUGAUGUUUGUAUUACGCAAAUGCAGCUGCAUUACACCGAAUGCUGUGCCAUUCGAGGUCUUCUCCCAUGUUUACGCGGAAUGCGAUUUCCAUAUUAGAUAAAUGCAACUCUGAAUUAGGCACCGCCGUGUCUAGCGUUAAAUGCACCGCUAAACACCGCUCGCGAAUGUUGACUACCAGUAACUCCGGCAACAAAUAUUCGACCUCCUGCACGGCGAAUAUAUGAGACCUUUAUACGUAAUAUACGCAAGGUUCACCUGGAACCAGUAUUUUCCAUGGGGGUUUCCAAAAAUAGCAGAAAAUAUAUCAGCCUACAUUUAACAUCCAGAAUUUUGUAAUUAAAAUAAAGACUGCGUUAAAUCUUUUAA